CCACCCUCAGCAUGAGCACCUUGACCUUGUACCGUGGCAUCUACACCCAAGAGGGCUUCCAACAAGUCUAUGGGGUUCCCCUGGAGCCGAAGAGCAGCAGCCUAGCAGGGAUGGUGAAGGGCAGGCUGAGCCGCUGUUGCCACUGCUCCAAAGCAGCAGCCUUGCACUUGUUUAGAAGCAGGCUGCCUAUUGCAAGUUGGCUGCCCAAGUACCAGCCGAAGAAAUGGCUCCUGGGGGACCUGGUGGCGGGGUUAACCGUGGGCGUUGUACACAUCCCUCAAGGAAUGGCCUUUGCUCUGCUCACUUCAGUAGCUCCAAUCUAUGGGCUCUACACUUCAUUCUUCCCAGCCUUGCUGUAUAUGCUUUUGGGGACAGGGCGUCAUGUGUCUACAGGCACAUUUGCUGUGGUCAGUCUGAUGACAGGCUCCGUGGUGGAGCGCUUGGUCCCCAUCCCGCAGCCCUCCAAUGGCACAGGUUCUGCUGAAGUCACCUUGCUGGAGAGACAACGCAUUGAGGUAGCUGCCUCCGUGGCCUUUCUCAUGGGGCUUCUCAUGGUCAUGAUGUUUCUGCUUCACUUGGGCUUCCUUUCCACCUACCUCUCGGAACCAGUGGUCAAGGCCUUUACGAGUGCUGCUGCCUUGCACGUGGUGGUUUCUCAGCUACAGAGCCUCCUGGGCAUAUCCUUACCACGCCCCAAUGGCUACUUUGCCAUUUUCAAGACACUGGCAUCUGUUGUGGAAGCAUUGCCCUUAACCAACAUGGCAGAACUGCUUAUCUCUGGGCUCUGCUUAGCUGUGCUGGUCCCGAUCAAAGAAAUCAACCACCGCUACCGUAGCCGGAUGUGGGUCCCCAUCCCAGGAGAGAUCAUCAUGGUACUGCUGGCCACGGGAAUCUGCUUUGCUUCCUCUCUGAAUACCCACUAUAAUGUACAGAUUGUUGGGCACCUCCCAGCAGGGUUCCCACAGCCCCAGCUCCCAGCUCUGCAUCUGCUGCCCCAAGUGUUGGGUGACACGGUGGCCCUCGCUUUUGUGGCCUACGCCAUCUCAGUGUCCUUGGCCAUGAUCUACGCUGAGAAGUACCACUAUGUCAUUGACCCCAACCAGGAACUUCUGGCUCAUGGUGUUUCAAACCUAGUCUCUUCCUUGUUCACUUGUUUCCCCAGUUCAGCCACUCUGGCUACAACUAACAUUUUGGAGAGUACUGGUGGACACACACAGCUUUCUGGACUCUUCACCAGUGCCGUUGUCCUGAUUGUGUUAAUAUGGAUUGGACCUCUCUUUCAUUAUUUACCAAAGGCUGUCCUAGCUUGUAUCAAUGUCACCAGCCUUCGACAGAUGUUUCUGCAGUUCCGGGAUUUACCUGAGCUUUGGAGGAUCAGCCACAUGGACUUUGCUGUGUGGAUGGUCACGUGGCUUUCCGUGGUUAUGCUCAGUGUGGACUUUGGCCUGGCAGUGGGGGUCGUGUUCUCCAUGAUGACCGUUGUAUGCCGCACACAGAGGGCUGAAUGCUCUGUUCUAGGCAGAGCAGCUGAUACGGAAAUCUACAAGCCUGUGAAGUACAAUAGCAAGUGUUUUGAGAUCCCAGGUGUGAAGAUCUUAAGUUACCAGGCCCCCAUCUAUUAUGGGAACCGCAGUUUUUUUAAAGAUAUUGUCAGCAAGCUUGUGGGGUUACAGCAAGACUGGGAACAUCCUGAGGAUUCACAGUUUAACAGCAGUAUCAAAAUGGACAUCAGUACAGUGGACAGCAGCGUUUGUGUCUUGGAAAAGAAGCUGAGCUCAGGCUUAGAUGUACAGGCUGUGAUUUUUGACUGCAGUGGAAUAUCCUUUGUGGAUUCAUCUGGCGCACGGCUCCUUAUCCAGGUGUGUGUGGAAUGUCAAAAAGCCGGCAUACAGAUACAUUUGUCUGCCUGUAAUGCCAACGUCCUACAGACCUUGAGUUUUUGUGGCCUCAUGCAUCACCUCACCCCUCAGCAGAUUUUUGUCACUGUUCACGAUGCGGUUUCCUACCUCCAGCAAGCCACGGAAAACGUGGAACAGAAGGAUCCCACCAUCUGGGUAUAACUUUUCUUCCUGCCAAGGUCAAAAGGCAGCGAGAGCUAGCAGGACAAAGCCCUCCGAGACCACAGAGAUUUGGGGAAGGCAGCAGGCUGCCGACGAGAGCACGUUUCUCCUGCUACCUGGAAGGCUGGAUUGUCAGGAAUGGACUGGCAAGGA